CCAGCACACACGGAGUAGCUAAGCAGCCAUGGGCAGAAAGGAGUGCAUCUCUCUAGCAAUCCUCGCGCUUGUACUGCUCGCUGGCCCGGGCGCAAAGGCAACGGCCUUUGCCGGCGGCGCCGCCAGCAUGGACGCGGCGGUGGCGGUGCGGCAGGUCAUGCCAACGUCGUCAAUCAAGCUGGAGGACGGCGUGGCGCCUGAGCUUGCAGUGGUCCUGGAGAUGCACCGCCGCGUCCUCAUGGACAGCUUCGGCAACAGCGUCUACAACAGCGACACGCAACGCCGCCUUAAAGCUCCGUGCAUCGCCGGAGGGCCGUACAGCGGCGGCCUCCGGGGAUGCAACCCACGUUACGGGUGCGUCCCUAUGUAACAGAAUGGACCAGCACUACAUACGGGCGUCAGUGCAACCUCCUUCCUGCACUUUCCCUUUUUCAUUUCCAUGUUGCAUUUCAGUAGCACCGUUGCUAUCGCCUUGUACAUUGAAACUACCAGGGUCGUGUUUGUAUUGUACGGUUGUGAAUAGACACGGUUGUACCAUCCGACUGAUGGUCGAAAGUCGAGGUUAUCUUACA